GAGUGAAUUCACAAAGAUCUCGUUGCGUGGCAGUGUAAUCAACUAUCAGAGCUACUUCAUUGGCAUCAGCAUGGUCCUAAUGACAUGUAUCGCCUCGCUGCUGCUGCCCCUCAAGCUGCACCACAGAAUCGCCAACGAUUACGCGCUCACCAGCUGGCGUGUGCUGGUGCUGCUCAACCUGCUGCCUGGCCUCUUUGGCAUUGUCUCGCUUUGGCUGCUGCCCGAGAGUCCCAAAUAUUACCUGGCCGUCGAUGAGCAGCAAAAGGCCAUGGAGGCGCUGGAACGUUGCUGCCGCCUCAACAAGGGCAGGGAUGUGACCCUCUCCAGUCUGGGCGUGGAGUCUGUCACGCAGCCGCGACUGCCCGAAAAGAAGAUCCAUCGCAGGUGAGUGCUCCAGGCUGUAUGUAGAUUCUGUCUUCGUCUGUGAAUAUCUUUUUCCUGGCAGUGCCUUGGCAGGGCAGUGGUACGACGUGAUUCCGCUUCUGCGUGGCGUUUAUUUCCGGUAUUUUGCUUUGUCCUCUGUUGCCAUU